UCCACCCUCAUAUUUUGUCUCGUGGUGGUUAUGAAAAACUUAGGGCCACCGUAAUGGAAGAGAGGAGGAAAAAAGUGAUUGAAGAGGCCAAAGGUGAUGAAAGUUUGAUGGUUGACCCUCCCGAACUAAAGCGAUAUGAGGCAUGGUUGAUGGCUCGACAGAAGCCAUCGGGAAAUUUUACAUCUGAGGCAACAAACUUAGUAGCAUCUAAGAUUGGAGAGUUAGUGGAAAAAAAUACACAAGGUACUAUUGUCUUUGAAGGGCGUGACGAUAUCUUGACUGUUGCCCUUGGAAUAAAUGAACACCCUGGUCGGAUCCGCACUGCUCCUAGGGGUGUGGGCUUUAAGAAAUUCUAUGGAAAAAGUUCACGCUCCACCUUAGGAGGUGUCUCUCAAGAUGACCUUCUAGCCCACCUUCAAGCCUUGGAGCAAAAAAUGAAUAUAGAUUUCCAACAUAAAUUACAAAAACAUCUCCAACAACAAAGAACAGAGCUCCAACAACAAAUGCAAAACGAGAUGCAAGAGGAGAGAGCUCAAAUCCAACAAGGAAUGAAACUCCUACAACAGAUGCAAUUGGAGCUCCGCUCCGAGAGGCCUAAAGAGAUGUUUAUAAAAGAGGGGCAUCAACAAGAUAACGGAUGGGCAUGUGGAUAUUAUGUCAUGAAAAAUAUGUUUGACAUUAUUGAUGCUUGUAUUGUUGAAAGAUUCAAUGAGAUAUUCACAGACACCUCAUCAUAUGAAAAAGAGUCAAUUGAUCACAUCCGACAACUUUGGGCUCAAUUCUUUUUGCAAAAGGUUGAAGAGCAAGAGAACCAGGAAAAGAAAGAUUUAAUGACAAAACAGAAGCGAUUAAAAAAAACUUAUAUAUAGAUAUAUUUUUGUUCCAUGAAUGAUUUAUUGGUACAAGUUACAUGAACA